AAUAAAAUCAAAAAAAGGAAAGUCUAUUUCAGUAUUUUGCAAUUACUACCUGAGAGUCUGAGACAGUUGCAUUUAAGUUUGGUGCUUUCUGGAGUAAAGAGCUCCAUUCGCAGGGACCUUUGGGUCCUCCUGAAGGGGAAGGGCGAGAUUUCUAGGGUUUCGAAGUCGUCUGAGCUGCAAUCCGCUUUGGAACGCUCUGUUUGACGAACGAUUUGGGAGAAUUGGAAAGCGAUUUUUGCGCUCUUUCACAAGCUUAUUAGAAAGACUAUUGGAAAUGGAAAACACAGGCACAGAGCAGGAAUUGGGGUCUUCGUCGACAGAGGUUUUCAAGUUACCAGGAGAGCCUGCUAUACUUAUAAACGGGGUACCUGACAUAUCCCCAUGUGACAGCACUCCUGUUCUCUGUAACACUGUAAAUGAUGCAGAGUUAAGCGGGAAUACAGUUUUUGGUGAAUGGUUGGAAGGAAGAACAGUUCUAAAGCUGUUUGGGGAGCACUAUUAUUCUGGUAUGGUUGCCGAAUUUGACAAAGAUGCAGGGUGGUACAGGGUGGUGUAUGACGAUGGCGACUUUGAAGAUCUUGACUGGCAUGAAUUGGAAGAGGUGCUCCUGCCCUUGGACAUAACAGUUCCACUGAGAUCGUUAGCACUGAAGACUAUCAGAAAAAACAAAAAACUUGUGAAUAGGUCUGGAAAAAAUGUGCCUCAAUCUCGAAAUUAUCAAGCCAAAAAUUUGGGAAGCAAGGCAAAGAAGAUUGCAGAGCAUGACGAGGCUUCAUUGACAGUGUUCAAUAGUUCACAGCAAGUAUCAGCAGGUGGCCGUGGUACCAUUUCAAAGGAGGAUGAAUAGAAUUCAGAAGGUAUAAACUGCUUCGUGGAAAUUAUGAACAGAAGAUUUACCUUGCAACAUUGAUAAACAACAUUAUGCCACUGGGAAGAGAAGCCUAAAUGUGAAUACUCGUUGUUACAUGGUGGACAUGGAACUGAGAAUCUGAUGAUUUUAGUCCAAAAUUUUUGUUGUGUUUGUAAUUUGUCAAUGUGAUGCAAUUGUAGUAGAAUUAGAAUCAACAAAACUAGCUAUACUUGGUUGGAACCUGUGUUCAAAAUGUUGGAAUUUUCUCGUGGGCUUGCUAUCCAAAAAUUGUCCUCGGAAAUGAAGGUAUACAUCAUUA